AGAGUCUGUAUGAUGCGCAUUGCACGUUCAAAACAACAGUGAAAGAAAGUUCCCUGCAAUUCCCGAGGGCAACCAUUUGAGUUAGUUAGAAAAACAGUGAAACUAGCUCUGAAGGGGAACGAGAAUGACUGGGAGACAGGGCGGCAGUAGCAGUCGGGGUGAGAUGAAGAAGGUGAAUGUGGAUCUGCUGUCCCUCAGCUACGGCACUCUAGUGUUCCAACUCAUCAGGGACUACGAGAACGACGCUGAGGUGAAUACGCAGCUGGAGAAGAUAGGUAUCAAUAUUGGCACUCGACUUAUUGAAGACUUCCUGUCCCGCUCACAGAUGCCUAGAUGUAAAGCAUUCCAAGAGUCAGUGGAAGUCAUCUGCAAGAGUGCCUUUAAACAGUACUUCGGAAUAUCCUCCGUAGAGGCAACCAACUGGAACUCAGCAAUGACCGAGUGUAGUCUAAUACUGAAAGAGAACCCUCUGGCUGAUUUUGUGGAGUUACCAGAGAAGCACCAGGGUCUAUUCUACUCAAACAUCCUCUGUGGAGUGAUCAAGGGUGCUCUUACUGCGGUCCAUCAAGACGUACAGUGCUCAUUCGUACAAGAUGUCCUAUUAGGUAAUCCAACGACGGAGAUUAAGUUGAAGUUCCUGGGUAUCAUCAAGGACACAAUUCCCGCUGGAGAAGACGACUAAAUGCAACCUCUUUUCAUCAAUGGCGGGUGCAGCUGACCGAAUAUUAAUGUUCAACUAAUUAUAAUUUUCGGCGCUUUCCAUUUGCUUAUACUUAAAGAAUUUUUUAUUCCGGUUGUCAUUCAAUUUUUUUUUGUCGAAAUUCAAUGUGGAUGUUAUGAUUUUGUUGUUUUCUUGCUGAUUCAAACGAUUUAAUUGCAAUAAU